UACCGGUUUCCCGUGUUUGUUUCCAUAACAACACAAUGUCAAACAAAUGUUUUCAAUCGACAUCGUAAUACUCGUAACACAAGAUGUGUUUCUGAAAUCAAUUCCGUGAAAACAUCAAACCAUGACCAGUGAAAAGAUUCUCUACAAACAUUCAGAUAUACAUGGCAAUGGCGAUGUAUUCUUUGUAUGGCAAAACGGAGGAUCAGCCAAUUUGCUCGCCAGCACGGGAAGCGAUGGAACGGUGGCAAUUUUCAACAGACAAGGGCAUUUAGAAGAAAGAAUUGUUUUGCAUGGACUGUGCUGUGGAUUUGCUUGGGAUUUUGAGGGCGACAACUUGGGCAUUAUAACAUCGAACUCGUCGCAGGUAACACUAUGGGACUCAAACGAACGACAGAAAAGCAUUAUCGAUACGGGUCUGCGAGAUCCGUUGACUUGUAUACUUUGGGCGAAAUCAUCGGCACUGAUGGCUGUUGGAACAGCUAGAGGAAAUUUGGCCAUCUAUAAUCAUCAGACAUCCAAACGGAUUCCCAUUUUGGGUAAGCACACCAAGCGAAUCGUGUGCGGUGCAUGGUCGACCGAAAAUAUUUUAGCACUCGGCAGUGAAGACAAAAAUUUGUCCAUCAGUACGGAAGACGGAGACCUGUUACGAACCGUCGUCCUGCGAGACGUGCCUAGCGAUAUGCAAUUUGCCGAAAUGAAAACUGACGAACGAAUACCCGGUGAAAACACUGUAAGCAUGAUCAUCGGGAAGAAAACGCUGUACCUGUAUCAUCUACCCGAACCAGAGUCUCCAUCAGAGCUAGGCUUUCAACCGAAAUAUGGGUCAUUGUUGCAGCACAAGUGGUUUGGCGAUGGCUACAUUCUUCUGGGAUUUUCGAAUGGCUAUUGCAUAGCGAUCUCAACUCAUCCGAAGGAAGUUGGCCAGGAAUUGUGGCAGAUAAAGAAUCAUCGCGACAAUUUAACGGCCAUAGCUGUGUGUGAUGCUCUGUCUGUGGUCGCCUCUUGUGGAGAUAACAACAUCAAAGUACACUCGACCGCCAAUCUUCAGGAAACGGUGAACCUAUUAAAUCUGACUGACCAGUCAGGUGUUCGUAGCAUCAGCUGGAGUAAUGACGGUCAACUGUUGGGUGUAUCUACAUCUAAUGGAACUCUGACUGUUUUUGUCACAAAAUUGCCUUUACUGUCGGCAAUAUCACCUCCACGAAUAGCACUUUUGAGUAGCUUGGCUGAGGUAUCACUGUAUCAAUAUUCUCCGGACAAGGUGCGGCCAUCCCCAAUCAUCGUGCAACUGGAAAUUGAACCAACAUUCCUAGCCGUUGGAUCUUAUCAUCUGGCCUGCGGAAUGAACAAUCACAUUUGGUUCUACGAUUUGGGCCGGUCGUCGACGGAUUCACCAAUGCUUUUAGGCGACAGAGAAUAUAUGGCAGAGAUCAGAGAAGUUCGCGUUAAUUCGUUGCAUUGCGCUGUGCUGUGUGGAGGACAGAUAAUGUUGCAUCCGAUCGAGUCACAAAAUCCAGCUACAAAGGACCAGCAACCCCAAUUAUUUCCGAACAGUAUUCACGGGAUGCAAGAGUCCGUAAUCAGUUGCCUCGCUAUGACUUCGGAUUUUCUGAUCUUUGCCAGUGACCUCGGCAAUUUGGUUUACUUUUCGCUGGAGAAUUGGACACCCGUCAUCAAGUACCGACAUACUAUGGGCAUUAAGCAACUAUUUGCCGAUUGCGAAGGGACAAAGCUGGUCUUCAUCGAUGACCACAAUCAGGGAUACGUUUAUACGCCAGCUAAUGAAGACGUGGUUCUGAUUCCACAAUUUCCGAAAACAAUUCUCGGUGUAUUGUGGGACUACGCUAAGCCGUCCACAUUUAUUGCCCACGAUGAUAAGGUCUGCAUUACGUAUGUGUUCGUCAAGCAUUCCGUCGAUGGCAAAUUGGUGGAAAAAAUUGGCGAAACUCUGUUGGUCAUCGAUCAGCAUCCGUUAAUGCUAUUCGACGGUGACCUAUCGCUGAGCUCAAGCUCGGGUAAAUUGUCUUCGAUAACACUGUCAACGCAUCUGUAUUCCGGAAUCGUCGAACCUAAAAUUCAAGUUGACAAUUUGAUCCGACUGCGGAAGUUCGCCGAUGCAUGGGAAUUGUGUAAAAUGAUCGACGACAAAGAGAUGUGGAUGAAAUUGGCAUCGGCUGCCAUAGCGGACCUCGACGUUCCAUUUGCAAUUAAAGUUUAUCGUCGCAUUGGCAAUGCGGCGAUGGUCUUUUCGCUGGAAGAAAUUCUGCACAUCGAAGACAUCAACUACGUAGCUGGUUACUGUGCCAUAUUAUUGGAUCGAGUUGACAGAGCGAAAACUUACUUUGCCAAGAGUGUCCAUCCGCAGGAAGCCCUUGAACUAUGUCGAGAUCUGCUGCAAUGGGAACAGGCCAUGUCGCUUGCGGAAACACUAGCACCAGAGCAGAUACCGGUCAUUGCCAGAGAAUAUGCACAGCAAUUGGAGUUUACUGGAAACUACUCUGAAGCUCUGCUGCACUAUGAAAAGGGAAUCAACUAUCAAAACUCCGACAGUUUAACCGUAGAGCAACAGGAACAUGUGAAGCUUUGUCUGUCAGGUAUAGCCAGAUCCAGUAUUAAACAUGGUGACCACAGGAAAGGGGUCCAAAUUGCUCUGCAAAUAAACGACAAGGAACUGCUGAACGAUUGUGGCGAAGCGCUGACCACGAUCGGUCAUUUACAAGAAGCAGCCAAUUUGAUGGAAAAAGCUGAAAAUUGGGACAAGGCGUGCAGUUUGUAUGUUCAACUGAAAUCGUGGCCGAAGGUCCAAAGUAUUCUUCCCUACGUGACGAGCAUCAAAUUGCAUGCAGCCUAUGCACAAGCGAAAGAGAAGGAAGGCAAUUUCAAUGAGGCCAUCAGAAGCUACACUCAGGCCGGCGAUUUGGACAGUGUUGUGCGUGUGUACUUGGACCAUCUAUCGGAUCCGCACAGUGCAUCGGAAAUUGUGCUGGAGUCUCGGUCGAUGGAGAGUUCGAAAAUGUUGGCGAAAUUCUACCAACACAUUGGCGAUUAUGAUCAGGCGCUGCAGUUUUUGAUAUUGUGUGGCUGUAUAUCGGACGCCUUCGCGUUGGCUCAGCGUCACAAUAAGCUGAGAAGAUACGGUGAGUUGUUGGACACAUCGGACAACGCUCAGCCAUCGGAUUAUUUGGCCGUGGCACAGUAUUUUGAACAGGAGAAGUACACUCUGCUGGCAGGGAAAUAUUAUUUUCUAGCAAAGGAAUAUCAGAAGUCGUUAAAAUUCCUGCUAAAGGCGUCAAGUUUUAGUAAUGAUGAAAACAGUGCUCUCUCACUUGCCAUUGAUUGUGUUGCAACAUCCAACGACGAUCGUUUAGCGAACCAACUCAUAGAGUUUCUGUUGGGGGAGACUGAUGGCUCGCCAAAGGAUCCAAAGUAUGUGUUCCGGUUGUAUAUGGCGCGGAAAUAUUUUAAAGAUGCAGCCAAGUCUGCUGUUAUCAUCGGAAGUCAGGAACAAAUAUCCGGCAAUUAUAGAAGUGCCCAUGACUUGCUGUUUUCUAUGUACCAGGAGUUGCGACGGAAUAAUCUGAGUGUUGCGUCUGAUCUGAAAAACAAUUUGGCUCUCCUGCAUCGUUACACGUUGGUUCGAGUACAUGUGAAAAUUGGUAACCACUUGCUGGCAGCAAAACUUCUGGUUCAAGUGGCAGCUCACAUUUCACAGUUUCCUACCCAUAUUGUUCCAAUCCUCACUUCGACAGUAAUCGAAUGCCAUCGAGCUGGUCUGCAAAAGUCGGCCUUUACCUAUGCAGCCAUGUUAAUGCGACCGGAACAUCGCAGUCAGAUCGAUUCAAAGUACAUCAAAAAAAUCGAAGCAAUCGUCCGGAAGGCUCCGCGCGGCAUCAAGGAUGUGGAAGAUGAUUUUCAACAAGAAUCCACGCCCUGUCCGGUAUGCGAUGCUAGUUUGCCUACAAUGGAUGUGGCGUGUUACCAGUGCAAAACCGAUCUACCAAUUUGCAUAGCGACCGGUCAACACAUUUCCAAGGAGAAUCUGGCCGCAUGUCCGGAAUGUGAUUUUCCAUGCUUCAAAAACGAGAUGUCGAAAAUUUUGGAUUCUACCAAUCAAUGUCCUAUGUGUGCCGAAAUUGUCGACUCCAAUCGCUUGAACGAUGUCGAGAAUGUGGCGUCAUACUUAUCUGGACUCUCAUAGGGUACAGAAAAUGUGUCGCAUCAGCGAUGACAACAAAUCGGAGCGUAAGUAAGUAACGAGGCAAAUAUUAUGUUAAAUACACCUAUAUGUGUCGUCGGUGUCGUCAGAAGAAACAGACUCGAUCAUGCAUUUUUCGUACCAUCUAAAAUAGUAUGCGCGCGGCUGAAUGGUUUGAUUAAAUAAAUUUCAAAUUUUAUCGUUGGGGAUCGUCGAUAAAGGACGUCCGCUUGAUUUUCAAAAUUCUUGAAAUCCCUCUGUCCCUGUCACAAAUUUAAACCGCUUCAAGCGGUCAACUUUCAUUGUUUGGGUAUUUCAUAGAAGACGCCACUCACACGAUUCUCGGAAUUUUUUUUUUUUUGGUAUCCUUUCCUCUCAUGUCCGGACUUUUUCAGUAUAUCUACAACAUAACAUGCUACACUUGGUGUUUGCUCGUUCUUUACAGAUGGUUCUUUUGCUGAGCAUGAUGUUCAAACCGAAGUUUUAAAAAAAAUGCUGGCUACAUAAUCAUUCACAAAUUACGUUAGUUUUUGCUUCACAGAUAGCGUAUUAAGCGAGUCAUUAAAGAUUUCAUUUUGAUGACAACACUGAAAUUGAGCUACGUAAUUUAUGAAUGACCUCCACUGGCAACUCCUUAUUUUAUAAUUAUUAGUACAAAAACGUCCAUGACUACUGAAUUUGAAUAAGUCUUUGUUAGAUAGAUUUAAGCCUGUUUAGAGUGUUGUCGGUAGGAUUGUUAAUAAUAUGUUCCGUCCAUUUGAAAAUUAUUGUGUUACUUGCCAAGAAAAGAAAAGAGGAAAAGAAAUAAAUUUUGUUUAUGUCGGA